AGCCCGGCCCCCACCCGCUGACCCCCGAUGCAGGAAGCGGAAGACCCCCGCCCGGCGCCCUCCCCUCCAUCCGGGCUCGCGCCGCGCCCUUCCCCGGCGGACGGCAGCUCCUCGCCGCCUCCUCGCCCUCGGCUGGCUCCGCGGCGGCGGCGGCUCUCCGGUUCACAUUUUGGCUGAGCACCUGCCAGAAGCAUAUUGAAAGGUUGCGGCCACAGAGAGCAGCGCAAGGAAGUGCCACCCUGCAGCUCCAUGCCUGGCAGAUGCCACGCGAGGGAAGAUGCUGCUGCACUGACUGGGCAUUACCUGUGCCGCCUGGGGGGGUGCCCCGGGCCAAGGGUGCAGGGAGAGCCCGGCCCAGCCAGGAGACCUCACUCUUUGGCAGAGCUGCAGAUGUACUGCUCUCUCGCCAGCCCUGGGAAGCAGAGGGCCUCCUCAGAAGCGAGGCGCACUCAUGGGGAGGGGCAGCCGCUCUCCACAAUUCGGCUGGGGGCCUCAAGGAGGCGGCUUCUUAAGCCCGAGGAUGUUGGCAGCGUGGCUCUGAUAGCGGCUGCUCUCCCUCCCUCUGCGCCAGACCCAGCAUCCUGAAGCUAGGAAGAGGAGGCAGAGACCCCCCAGCCCCCCCCCCCCCCCCCCGAGUCCCAGCAGUCUCCAAAAGGAGAGGGUCUUCUCCAGGCGGAAGAGACAUUUUCAAAACGGGUUUUGUAGGAACUCAAAACGGCAAGGGGGCCCUGCGAAUUUUCCUUCUGCCGUUAAAGGUCUGGUUCCCGAAGGCAAAAGUUCUUGGGUGCUUCAGUGCAGGAGGACCGUCUCUGGUCGGGCCAUCGCUUGCCCUGGUUCGGGAGGGGUAGUCCAGUGAAGUCCACCUCUUGGCCGGCCCUGCUCCCCCCUCCCCUUUCCCAUUGGCUGCAGCUGUGUGGAGGGGCCUUCUCCUCGGAGCCCGCCAUGAAGUUUUCCUUGCGCUUCUGGUUCCUCUCCACGGCGUUCCUGCUUGUCUUCAUCAUGUCGCUGCUCUUCACCUAUUCCCACCACAGCAUGGCCUCUCUGGACCUUGGUGGACUGAACGGGUUCCACCAGGUGAAGCUUGUGCCCGGUUACGCCGGCAUGCAGCGCCUGAGCAAGGAGGGGCUCUUGGUGAAGAGCUGUGCCUGCCACCGGUGUGCCAUGGAGCCCAGCGACACCACCUGGUUCGACAGCCGCUUUGAUGACCACAUCUCCCCGGUGUGGACCAAAGAGAACAUGGACUUACCGCUGGAUGUCCAGAGGUGGUGGAUGAUGUUGCAGCCCCAGUUCAAGUCCCACAACCUUCACGAAGUGUUGAGCAAGCUCUUCCAGAUUGUUCCGGGCGAGGAUCCAUACAGGUCCCGGGAGUCCCCAUCCUGCCGGCGCUGUGCUGUAGUGGGCAACUCAGGGAACUUGCGAGGCUCUGGCUAUGGCCAAGACAUCAAUGGACACACCUUCAUCAUGAGAAUGAACCAGGCCCCUACAGUGGGCUUUGAGUCAGAUGUUGGGAGCAGGACGACCCACCAUUUCAUGUACCCUGAGAGUGCCAGGAACUUGCCUGCCAAUGUCAGUUUUGUUCUGGUGCCCUUCAAAGCCUUGGAUCUGCUGUGGAUCGCCAGCGCCCUCUCAACAGGCCAGAUCCGAUUCACUUACGCACCAGUGAAGCCGUUCCUCCGGGUGGACAAAGAGAGGGUUCAGAUCUACAAUCCCGCAUUCUUCAAAUACAUCCAUGACCGCUGGACAGAGCACCACGGCCGCUAUCCCUCCACCGGCAUGCUGGUGCUGUUUUUUGCCCUGCAUGUUUGCGAUGAGGUGAACGUCUUCGGGUUCGGGGCAGACGGCCAUGGCAACUGGCACCACUACUGGGAGAACAACCGCUACGCCGGAGAGUUCCGGAAAACCGGCGUGCACGAUGCAGACUUUGAGGCCCACAUUGUGGACAUCCUGGAGAAGACGAACAAGAUCAGUGUUUAUCGUGGCCACUGAGGUUUCCAGCAGCUGCCGGGCAGCCUGGCUGUCGGUGGCUGGGUGAGGAGGGACAGUUUUCCUGCCCCCGAUGCACCAUAUGGCAAAGCCGCUCUUUGAAGAGGAAACGAGGAGCUUAGGAAGGGGAGGACACCAAAGCCCAGGAGGUCCUGGGAAGCAGAGGCAAGCAGAGAGCAGCUCCUCCUUCCUCAGAACAAAGCAGUGAGA